AUGCCGACUAUCAGCCUGAUAGGAGCCACCGGUCGAACAGGGAGGGGAGUCCUGCAAAUCCUCCUGACGGAACCAUAUCGCAGCUAUGAUAUUCGCAUCUACGUUCGCUCCAAGGCAAAGCUGCUCUCCAUCUUCCCUGAUCUUGCCUCCUACGCCCGAGUGUCCGUCUUUGAGGGCUCAAUUGCCGAUAUAAACCUCUUCAAACAAUGUCUAUCCAGUGCAGACACCAUCAUCAGCGUUCUGGGAGAGAAUGAAAACAUCGCCGGUCUACACAUCCUCCAAGACGCAGCGACAACUACCGUUUCCGCUCUGCAGGAGCUUUGCACCGAGAAUCCGAAUUACGAAAUUCCUCGACUCGUUCUCCUCUCGUCGGCAACGUGGAACGCAACAUUUGCUGGGGCUCGACCGCGGUUUAUACACUGGUUGAUCAAGACGGCGUUCUGCUAUCCGUAUGCCGAUUUGCUCAAGGCACAGGAGAUCUAUGCCCAACGUCCGGAUCUACUGAGACUGUGUCUGAUACAGCCGCCUGCGAUUGUGGAGGGUGAGUCGUCUGGUCAUAUACUCAGCACCGAGACGGUGACGCUGGUUGUGUCGUAUGGUGAUCUUGCGAGUGGCUUUGUAGAGGUUGCGACAAAAGCAGAGCAUCGUGAUAUCGAAGCUAUCGGGGUAUCUAGUACAUCCAAAGACCAGAAAAAGUAUCUUCUUGAGCUGCAGAUAAGGAUUGUACGGGGAUUUCUAGCGCAGUAUGUUCCUGGUUAUUUUAGCAUCGAGAACAAGGUUUGGGGGCUGUUGGGGUAUGCAUGA